AUAAAACAACUAUUCUAGAAUACCUUUGUUUUUAAACUUGUUUAAUAAAUGUUAAGUUUCUGUCACUUUGACAAGACAACAAAACAACAAUGCAUGAAGCUUAUCAAGUUCAUUCUCUUCUAAAAUUGACUUCUCAAAUUGAAGCAAUAACUGCUUACGAUGAAAAUCUCUUGGUGGGCACCCGACAAGGACACCUUUUUAUGUAUAGUCUGGUUCAAAACGAUGAAAAAUGCGAAGUGCAAUUGAUGAGAUAUAACAAAUCAUUCAGUAAAAAGGCCGUUCAACAAUUGGAAGUAAUUCCCGAAUAUCAUUUGUUGAUAAGCCUAACGGAUAACUUAAUACAGUUACACGACAUCAAUGCAAUUAAUUUCACAACAGUACAUCAAGUGCAGAAAUCUAAGGGGGCGACAAUUUUUGCAGUUAAUAUUCAAAAGCCGACUUCUUUAACUGGGGUGACUAGUACUCUAGUUAGAUUAGCUGUAGCUGUUAAAAGAAAGCUCCAGUUAUAUUACCUUAAAAACAAUGAAUUCUUCCAACUUAUGGAAGAUAUUAGUUUGGCUGAAGUCCCAAAAUCAAUGGUUUGGUGUGAGGAAACUAUCUGUGUGGGGUAUAGGGGCGAAUAUGCUUUAAUUGAGUUGAAUGGACAACAAACUGACCUUUUCCCAACCAGUAGUAGUCGCUCUAGUGAGCCUUGUAUUGUCAAGGCUUCAGAUAAAACGUUUGCAUUAUGUAGAGAAUCGCAGACUGUCUUAGUGAACACCAAAGGCCAGACGGAGAAAACAAAGGCCUUGCGAUGGUCAGAUGUCCCAUUAACGUUGGCAUGGGAUGAACCAUUUGCCCUUGGAGUUCUCCCAGAAUGUAUAGAAGUCCAAACUUUGGAACCAUGUGGUUUGGUUCAGACUUUACAAGACCUUUCUAAAGUCCGGUUUAUUAUAACAUGUCAACAGGGUUUACUCUAUGCAGCAUCUGUUAGUCAAGUUUGGUGUAUUCGUGCUGUUGAUGUAGCAAAACAGAGAAAAGUUUUGUUGGAAUCGAAACAGUUUCAAUUGGCUUUGAAAUUGACUGAAAUAUCAAAUGAAAAUGAGGAAGAUAAGAAGGAGAAAAUUCAUCAAAUUCAAACUUUAUUGGCUUAUGAUUUGUUUGUCAAUAAGCAAUUUCGUGAAAGUAUGAAAGAAUUUUUAAAACUUGAAACUGAUCCAUAUGAUGUGAUUCGAUUGUUUCCUGAUUUACUUCCUCAACAGACAGUUUCUACAGACUAUCCUGAACCUCCAAAAGAUUUGACUGAAAAAGAACUGGAAACGGGAUUGUUGGCACUCAUUGAUUAUUUAACUGAAAUGAGAUAUCGUCUUCAAUCAGAAACACAGGCGAACUUGAAUGCAAGAGGUAAUUUAAACGAAAAGCCAAAUUUCAGCAAAUCCACGCAACAGCUUUUACAAAUCAUCGACACAACUCUACUCAAAUGUUAUUUACAAACCAACGACGCACUAGUUGCUCCUUUACUACGCCUCAAUCAUUGUCAUUUGGGCGAAACUGAAAAAAUCCUCAAGAAAAUGGGAAAACACAAUGAACUUAUCAUUUUAUACCAGACAAAAGGUCAACACAGACGCGCAUUAGAACUGUUGCAAGAGGAGGCCGGAGUCGAACGCACCAUUGCUUACCUCCAACACUUGGGAGCCGACAACAUGGGACUCAUUAUUGAGUUUUCCGAUUGGGUGUURACAGCUUCACCUGAAGAAGGUUUAAAGAUAUUUACGGAAGAUUUAGCGGAAGUUGAGGCCUUGCCUCGGCCACGUGUCUUGGAUUUUCUUUUACGUUCGCAUAGUUGUGUUGUUAUUCCGUAUCUUGAACACGUGGUGCAUGUUUGGGAGGACACCAAUCCACUUUUUCACAAUGCACUAGUGCACCAAUAUCGAGAAAAAGCGAUAAGUGAGGGAGCUGCAGCUGAACACACUCGUAAAAAAUUGCUCGAUUUUCUUAAGAAAAGUUCACACUAUACUGCGGAUACUGUUCUUGGACAUUUCCCCACUGACAGUUUACUAGAAGAGAGAGCUAUAAUAUUGGGACGUUUGGGGAAACACGAACAAUCAUUGGCUAUUUACGUUCGAGCUUUAGGCGACGUAUCAAAAGCUGUGGAAUAUGCCCAAAAAAUCUACGAGUCAAACACACCAGGAUGUCAAAGUGUGUAUCCAAAUUUGAUCAAGUUGGUGUUGAAUCCCGACAGUUGUCCUCUAGCUUUACCAGGGUUGACUCUAUCGCCAAAGACGGCACAACCCGACUUAGAGUUGGCUUUGGAUCUUUUGAAAGAGCACGCUUUCAAGAUGGACCCUCUUGAAGUACUUUCUAUUUUACCAGAUAACGUACCAGUUACUAGAAUCCAUAAAUUCCUUCUUGUUGCUUUGCAAAAAGCCGUUAAAGAAAGACGCAGAGUUCAACUUUUGAAAGGUUUGCUCUAUGCGGAACACUUGCAGUGUCAAGAAAUGAGACUGCAUUUGCAAAGUCAACAUGUAUUGGUUACCGAGUUGAAUGUGUGUCCUGUUUGUAAGAAAAGAUUUGGAAAUCAGAGUGCUUUAGUGCGGUACCCUAAUGGCGAUGUGGUUCAUUAUUCGUGUCAAGAAAAAAGGCUGUGAAAGCAUUACCUUCAAGUACUGUCGUAAAAUGUGUAAUUAAUUGACUUUUUCUUGUUUCUCCAAAAAUGUAAAUGAUAAUUAUAUAAAAGUAUAAAGGAUUCCUGAUUAA